UUAAAGCUAACGGUUGAACGGCUAAGUUACUGCGACGACAAAACGAAAGCUUUCGUGGCUACUACCCGUUAACGGAUAUUUUACUUCUAAUCUCUCGCGCGCGCUCGCGUUACGUACUCGUAUCUAUGCUACUCUCACUCACUAUAGUUUCUGUCUACUAAACAAACAAACUAACUAAGAAUAACAACAACAACAUAACAAACAAACUUUAAAUUUUGUUUUGCUCCAACACUCACUCACACUCUGCCACAACAUUUUGAUGCUUUCAAAACAAAGUGAAAGGCAGAUAUUUUAAUUUCCGGUACUAUCACCACCAACACUGCCUAGACUAGACUAGACUGCCUCUCGCCUUUGAUAAGCUGCCAGUGUUAAAGGUUUCCAUUCAACACAUUAUCAACAACAAGAACAUCAACAAAAAACACGACAUUAUUAAUGAAGCUAAAGUUUCAAAAUUGUCUACCGCGUGUACCGCCCACCUAACGACAACGCCCCUUCAGUGUCUUUCAUCUUUUGCAAGGAAAAAUUAUUUAAAACAAAAACAACAACAAAAACAUCUCAUUAAAGUGUCAUAAAAACCGAGACGAUUCCUUGUUAUCCUUGAGGUUAUUGUGCAAAGCGAACCCAAGAAAAACAUUACAAACUUUGAUGAACUUUUCUCCGCUGCUCAUCACUUCAUCUGCGUCUAUGUGUGUGUGUGUGCGUACAUUUUCUGCUGGCAGAUAAAAGGGAUUACAACUAAAUCGAAUACCUAUAAAGCAUGGAAUUAUAAUUAAGCAAAGCAAAAGAAAAGUUAACGUUUCGUUCGUGAAAUAAAGUUUGCCCGCAAGCUAUUUUUGUAGCUCCAUCCAAACCCCAACUCUACAGCAAAUCAAUUAAAAUUAAUUUCAAAGGAGCAAAGUUAAGAAAAAGUCCUUUUUAAAAAUAAUAAUAAUAACAACAACAACAAGAAAAAAGGCAAGUGAGAAAAAUAUCAAAUUUACAUAGCCUCCAGUGAGCGUGAACGGUGUAAGGAACCCCAGCACAGAGACUACAGCUGAUAACUAACUAACUGGAUAAAAUUACGGCAAAGGCUGUUCACCACAUGGCCUAAGGUAAUGUGACCGCAUUAAGCUGCUUAGGACGCAGAGAAAGUAAAAACUCUUCCCCUCGGUCGCUUUGGCAAACGGAAAAAGACAAGAAGCUGAAAAAGGAUAGGAACAUCGGCAGCAACUAAGCAACUAAAAACAGACUAACAACACUGCCUCAAAGAGCCUGUCCGCCCAAUCUGAACCAUAUCCAAGAGUUUGGUAAAAGUUGAAACAAAAAUACCGACAACUGAACAGCUAGCGUCCCAUAUAUUGUCACUUAACCAACAAUUGGGAUUCAUCCUCUGUAAGCACGCUACGAACAACAACACAUACAUGCUCUAUGGACGUGGUGGGACCCAGAGAGAUGAAAAAAUACAUAUUUUUGAGUGAAAGCAUGUUGAUAUGCUAAAGUCAAGUCACACAUACAGAUAUUCAGACAGACUGCCACCAGCCACCACCAGCAGCAGUAGCAGUACAAGAAAAACAACAAGCACAUAAGCCAGAGCAACAUCAGAGAAACAUGAAAAUGUUACAAGCAUGGUGACGGUCUCCAAGCAACCAAAUCAUCAGAAACAUCAACCAACCAACAGCAGCAGCAGCAAUACCAACAGACACCAAAGAGCCAGCAACAUCACAUACUUGUCAUCAUCGUCGUUGUCGUUGUCGUUGUCGCCGUCGUAGUUGUUGUUAUUGUUGGCCCUGUCGAGCUGCACACAACGUGCCGCAUACAGAAUUCAGCAUAUAUUUAGAGGAGUAUUAUCAAAGCAACAACCACGUGACAGGCGAGACAACAUAUGCUUACACCCGCACUUUCUACACGUCCAACCAGCGAACCAGCCAACCAGCCAACCAACCACUAACCAACUUCCCCUUCCCUGCCUGCCUUUUUUAAUCUUCUCCAACUCAAACUCUAACUAAAGGCCUGAUCCUGUCAGUCGUUGUCCUGUAACUGGGUGCUGGCUGCUGCACCGGAAAGGGGAAACAAAUGCUGUCACUCUAAAUUGUUGACUGGUCUGAAUUUAAUGUGGCAAAGGCGAAAAAACAACAUUGCAAAAAGAAAAAAAAACAGAAACAACAAUCCUUCAACAGCACAAACAACAAGGACAACAAAAACAACAACUCAACUGCCACACAUCCAUAUCUGCAACGGCAGCAACAAAUUUAAAUUUAAAACGAAGCUGGAGCAACGCAGCACAAACAAAAACACACAUCCCUGCCUUUUGCCUGGUCACUGACUGACUGAGUGACUGACUGCCGCCUGCCUGCCAGCCUGGUGUUGAUAUUGAGGCAAACAAAAACAACUGCCAGCUCAAAGGAGACUUGUCAAUUUAAAUGCUUUUAAUGAUUUUUUAAAUUUUACCAACGAAUUCAUCAGCAACGAAUCACCAGCGCCAUAGCAGCCGACUUUCAUUCGAAAGACAAACACAAAAAGUACAAUUUUAUCUGGUCAUCAAGGACCUCAUCAUCCUUCAAAAUACUACCACUGCCGCUAGCUUAUCCCUGUCAUCCAAACCAUCCGUCCUUCGUACCAUCUAUUAAUUGUGGAGCAAUUUGCCUAGGAGAGCUUUCCCUCUAAGCAACAACAUAACAAAUGGCCAAAAUUUGGUUGCUGUAUUGGGGCCUAAUGGUUGCCUGGUAUCCCCUGUUGUCAAGUGGUUAUCUUAACGUGUUUAUAAGCCACAAAGAAGUGAUGAAACUUAUGCAAUUGGAAGCGGAUUUAUUCUACGUUCACGAGGGAACAAUAAACACAUACGCAAUGCACUUCACCGUGCCGGUGCCGGCAGAUGUACAUGACCUCGAAUUCUCAUGGCAAAGUCUUACAGCUUAUCCGCUGCCAUAUGCAAUUACCAUCGAUUAUGACCAUGAUCAGGAGGCCUUGGCUACACCCACCCUCAGCAUACCGGAGAAGGGCUAUGUGCCACAGCAGGUGGAAACGUUUUCUGUGCAUUUGCCCUGUAGCGGCAACAUCAGCGAGCAGGUCCCACUCAGCAUAAACAUGCUGGUGCGGGGACCGCCACGCCAUAAUGAUACCAAAUUACAUUUUAAGCGUAAUAAAAUCUGUAUCAAAGGUCUAUUUCCAGCUCCAAAUCAAUCACCGGCUCCUGCUCAUGCUCCCUCUCAGGGUCCUGCACUGCUGGGCGCUGCAGCCUGUGCCCUGGGCUUGGUCUUGGUUGUGGGUCUAAUAGCCAGCACCAUGUAUCUGAGGGCACGCAAACAAAUACGCCAGGACUCAUUGCACACCAGUUUUACGACAGCCGCUUAUGGUAGCCAUCAAAAUGUUUUCAUACGUCUGGAUCCCUUGGGAAGGCCACCCAGUGCGAACAGUGGUUCCUAUGCCACCAUUGCCAGUCUCAAUAAGUAUCCCCUGGAGACGAAGAAGUCCUGCAACAUAUUUGAAAAGUUUCGCAGCUCCCCAACACCAUCACCAUAUGCAACAGCUUUACUGCCCAUGGGCGAUCAGAUAGCAGAGACAAUUUAUUCCAAGCCAGAAUCGGUGUGUCCCUCGAGAAUAUCCUAUUAUGCUUCUUCGCAGCUAACCCAGGUUUACAGCAUGUCUACUCCUAAGUCGAGUCGGGGCAAUGGGAGUGUAUUCGGUGGAGCAAGUACUGGAACUGGUGGCAACAGUAAUACAGGUAGCAAGGACAAAAUGCGGCGCAUACCCAAUGUCCAGCCAGGCACCUUGGAAUGUGAACAGCUCGUCAAAGAGGGAACCUAUGGCCGUAUAUAUGCUGGCAAAUUGGGCGAUGCCUGUGAUGUGCUCAUUAAGACCGUUGUAGAUGGAGCUUCUUUGACCCAAGUGGCUUGCUUGCUACAGGAUGCCUCGAUGUUAAUAGGUGUGGGUCAUCAGAAUAUCAUGGCUCCCAUGUUGGCAAAUACGGAAUUGCCUGGGCCGCCCGAAAUCGCUUAUCCCUAUCCGACCAAAGGAAAUUUGAAAAUCUUUUUGCAAAAAUCUCGCGAAAUGAAUACACCGCUCAGCACACGACAAUUGGUGGAAUUUGGUUUGCAUGUUACCAAAGGAUUGGCCCAUUUGCAUUCGGUGGGAAUAAUACAUCGAGACAUAGCCACCAGGAAUUGCUACUUGGAUUCAGAUUCCUAUGUGAAAAUAUGUGAUAAUGCCCUAUCACGCGAUCUCUUCCCCGAUGACUAUCACUGCCUGUGUGACAAUGAAAAUCGCCCCCUGAAAUGGAUGGCCUUGGAGUCGCUGCAGCAAAAGAAUUUCUACAAUCAACAAACGGACAUUUGGAGUUUGGGUGUCCUAUUCUGGGAGUUGGCCACCCUGGCAAUGACACCAUUCGAAGAAGUGGAUAUAUUCGAAUUGACACCAUAUUUGAGUGAUGGUUUUCGACUGGCCCAGCCCAUCAACUGUCCAGAUGAAUUCUUCACAGUUAUGUCCUGCUGUUGGCUGGUGGAUCCCAAACAACGACCGUCCUUUCCUCAAUUAAUUGCAUAUUUACAAGAUUUCUAUGAGGACUUAAGUAUGUACAUAUAAGCUAUACAAUGUGAAACGAACCUCUUAGCAACUUAUGCCCAACUUUGAAAUCCAGUUAAGGACCUGAGCAUAAACGGCUGGAUGACUCCUUCUACACCUCAUCCUUCUCUUGCUUACGCAUCCUCAUCCUUGAUGGCAGGGAGCCCAAUUAAGAAGCUACAAUUAGAACUGAAAACAAAAAAAAACGAAAUCCCAAUGUUAGAUAGAAAUAUGUAAAUAGUUAAGAACAAAUUUAACACAUACAAAAAUUAUUGUUAUUUAAUGUAAAUGAAAACUUUAAGAAUAUCCUCUCGCCUCUCGGCCAGCCGAGCAGAAGGUAGAGAGGCAUACAAGAAACUGUUGUGGAAGUCAACAAACAACUCAAAGGAUAGAUUUAAGACAACCCAAAGUUGUAUGAGAAUUUAACUAAACACUAAACGUCUAUUGAUUUUAAAUGGUUAAAAACGUGCACACCCAACACCCAAUUCCUUAAGAUAACAAAUAAUAGAAAAGGCAACAACUACUACAACACUUAGGCUAGUUAAACAAAGAUUUAAAUGUUAAACACUACAAAUUUAUCCUAACUGUAUCUCUUUCUCUUAUUCAAACAUUCAUUCACUCGGUCAAUCACCCACUCUCUCUCACUCUCUCACUCUCAUAUAAACACUACUAUGUAAUCCUGUUUCUCAACUAACACAAAACAUAUAUAUAUUUAUAUCCAUACCUAUGUGUGUAUAUCUGUCAGUAUGAAUGUAUGUUUGUAUGUAUGUCUCCUGAACUGGAAAUGAAAUGAAGAAACGAAUGUCUGUAAUGUAUAGAAUUGUUGUAUAAAAAGAAAAA